GCUCACUCCGCGCUUCCUCUUGUUGUUGUAUCAACUUCCCGUGGUCUCCGCAACAAGGAACUCUGCUGCAACUGCAGCUUCGUCACCAUGUCGGACGAUUCGAAACCGAAAGGCUUCCCCGAUAUCUCAGCCAAACUGUCAGCAAUUCCCAAGAAAUCGCUCUUCGAACGCCAGAAAGCCGAAGCCGAAGCCAAACGAGCCCGCGAGCAAGCCGAAACUGCGGCUGUUUACGAGGACUUUGUCAAGUCAUUUGAGGAUGAUUCGCACGGCGGACCCGGAUACUCUGCUGAUGGACGACCGAAUCGCUUUCCCCAGAAGACCCAGGGGUUCGGCGGUGGCCCUGGGAGACGACACUUUACCAGCUCUGGUCCGCGCCUGAGCGGCCCUGGCACUCUGGGGCCCCCUCCACCGUCGCUAAGAAAGCGCAAUCACGAAGGCUUCCCGCCGCCACACCGAAAUCGAGACACAGCGCAGGGUAUUCUAGGCUUUGAUAGAACCGGUCCUGGCCCGUCGGCUGCCGCGUCUGCGUUCCGCACGUCCGACGAUGAGGAUGAGGCGACUGCUGAUGCGAAGGAGGCGGAGAGGGCGGCGGCUAAGCCGACUCUUUAUUUAGCCUCAUUACCUCCGGGGACGUCCCCGUCGGUGAUCAAGUCGAUUAUCCCGUCGGUGUUGACGGUGGACAACGUCAAGGUACUGCGUUCGACUGGUCAACAGGCUCCGACCGAUCGCAAGUCGAUCGCUGCUAUCGUGACACUGGCAAAUGAGUCUGCAGCGUCGGACAUUGAUAGCACAGUCAGCGCUCUCCAGAAUAAGUAUCUGGGUUGGGGAUACUAUCUGUCCAUAUCGAGGCAUCUGUCCUCUGCGGCUAUUGGUUCAACGAUGCCGGUUACCGUCAGUCUGUCUUCGACCAGCUCGCUACCAUUCGGGGCCAAGUCGAUCCAGCCAGACUUUCCCGGACGCCUUAAUCGGGCUCCCCCUCCUGGGAUGCACCGCGGUGGCUUUGCGCCGCCGACAUCGUAUAAUCCUGCCUAUGGGCGCAGUGGCCCAGUGACACAGGUUGAAGUGAAAGCACCGGCCGAUCUUAAGCAGCUACGAUUGAUACAUAAGACGCUGGAGAAUCUCCUUAGCUACGGCCCUGAAUUCGAGGCAUUGCUAAUGAGUAGACCCGAGGUUCAGAGGGACGAGAAAUGGGCUUGGAUAUGGAACGCGCGAAGCGCUGGUGGUGUCUACUAUCGUUGGAAGUUAUGGGAGGUUUUGACUAAUAGUCGACCGACCGGGGGUCGACGGGGACGAUCACAACCCCAAAGCUCAUCGCUUCUCUUUGAGGGAGGUGCCAACUGGGUCCCGCCUGAGGCCCAUAUCAAAUUCGAAUACAUUACUCAAAUGGACGAGUUCGUGACGGACGACGAUUACGAUUCUUCUGACGAAGAGAUGUCGGAUAAUGAAGAUGAGAGACGGGUUGCUAGUGGAGCGCCGCAAGCGGAAGGCCCGGGAGCUGCUAACGAAGGGCUGGGGUACAUGAAUCCUCUUCAAAAAGCCAAGCUGACCCACCUGAUCGCACGACUGCCAACCACUCAUGCGAAACUACGCAAAGGAGAUGUUGCUCGUGUUACUGCUUUCGCUAUUGAACAUGCCGGGGCAGGGGCUGAGGAGGUAGUGGAGAUGAUUGUUGCUAAUAUCAUCAAACCUUAUGCUUUCACUGGGGCUAAUCCGGACCGUGAAGCAGAGCAGGGGCUUGCUCGUAAAGAGCAGUUCGGAGAAACAGGCAAUGAAGCUGCGACCGAAGAUGGACGGGCUCCCUCAAAAACCCUGGACUUAUCGUCUGCGAAGUUGGUUGGUUUAUAUCUUGUCUCCGACAUUCUCUCGUCAUCUGCUACAAGUGGUGUACGCCAUGCAUGGCGAUAUAGACAGCUUUUUGAGUCAGCCCUGAAGACGCAGAAAGUCUUCGAGCAUCUUGGUAGAUUAGAGAAAGAGUUGGGCUGGGGCAGGUUAAAGGCCGAAAAGUGGAAGCGCAGCGUUGGCUCGCUGCUUAACUUAUGGGAGGGUUGGUGCGUGUUCCCGCAAUCGAGCCAGGAGCAUUUCUUCCAGAUCUUCGAGAAACCACCCCUCACGGAAGAAGAGCUACGAGAAGAGAGAGAAAAGGCCGAAGCCGAACGAGCUGCGAGCGCGUUCUCCAAGAACAAGAACCGCUGGAAGGCAGUCGACGAGGAUUCAGCUUCUGGAAAGUUCGAUCCCGGUCGCGCUGCGGCAGCCGAACCAGAUCGCAUGGACAUUGAUCAGGUUCAACUUGACUCUGCAGGGCUACUGAAUAUGGACGAAGUUUCAAUGAGCGAUAUUGACGGCGAGCCAAUGGAGGACAGUGACCUGGAUGUAUCGGAUGGUGAGCCAUUGGAGGAAGACCCUCUUGAGGAGGAGAGCGAGUCGAACAACCAGCCGCCUGAGCAAGUUGCUGAAGCGGUAGCCCAAACUAAGCCUCAGCCUCCAGUGCGCAAACCGCGGCCUAAAGCAGAGGACAUGUUCGCAGACUCGGACUCAGAGUGAUUUUAGCAUCUCAACAGGGUCGCGAAUUACCAUCAGUAACCCACAUACUUCAUAAGAGUUCAGCGAGCGUGUAUGACACGAUUUGACAUGGCAUUAUUCGACUGAGUACUGGACUGUACAGUACAUACGGGGGUAAUCAAUCAAUGUAGCACGAAGUCCCCGAUGGAUGCCUGAAACAUGUUAAGGCAGAAAUAUCCCGAAUGGGUAAGGAGUGGAAGGCUGGCCCCACAAACCCCUCGGGAUGGAAAGACUUUCGGUGUU